AUGUCAGCAUCAGAGCAGCAUCAUAACCAGCAUCAUAUCAGCAUCAUGUCAGCAUCAGAGCAGCAUCAGAGCAGCAUCAUGUCAGCAUCAGAGCAGCAUCAUAUCAGCAUCAUGUCAGCAUCAGAGCAGCAUCAUAUCAGCAUCAUAUCAGCAUCAGAGCAGCAUCAUAGCAGCAUCAUAGCAGCACCAAAGCUGCUGCUUGCAGAUUAUCUGACCGGGACAGUUGCUGUCGCUCUGAGGAACCAGAAAGUCACCAUAUCUGGAGGCAAUGGCCAAGUCACCGAGGUCUCCACCUCUGUGUCCAUCCCGCCGCUCACUCACCUGACGCUCUGCUUUGAGCUGGAGCGCAGCCGCCACAAACAGAAAGAGUGGAUCUUCACCUACUCGGACAGCAGCAGCGGCGUGGCUCUGAGUUUGGGCUCCGAUCAGUCCGGUAUGAAGAUGAUUGUUGACGGAGUGACGUGUCCCAUUGACUCCAUCAUCUCCUCCUCUGACUUCACCUCUACCAUGAAGCCUUUCUGUUUCCUGUGGACUUCAUCAAACGGCCGGGUGGCGGUUUAUUUCAACAGGAACUACUGGGCCAAGACCUGCUCCUCCUCCACGGGACACUCUGUCCCUGCUGGAGGACGCUUCCGCUUAGGAG